UCGCGAAUAAUCCAUCACUAGGAAGAAGAAAAUUAAUAUGGCAGCAGGUAGCUCCUGCACGAUAGUGGAAUAUUUCGGGGGCGAUGACGGCUACCGCUGUGGUUAUUGUAAAAAUGAGAAGGGAAACUUCUCUCAUGGGAUGUGGUCCCACGCCAUGACAGUACAAGACUACCAGGAUCUCAUAGACAGAGGAUGGAGACGAAGCGGGAAGUAUGUUUACAAGCCCAUCAUGAACAAGACCUGCUGUCCACAGUACACCAUCAGGUGUCAUGCCUUGAACUUUCAGCCAUCUAAAACCCACAAGAAGAUCCUGAAGAAGAUGAGCAAGUUUCUGUCUAAAGGGGAGAUGCCAACGGAACAAGGCGAUGGGGAGCCCAUGGACUCGCUGUGUGAGGAGGGAGGACUGCACGGUCCUGUUAAAGUCUGUCACUCUGAGGUGGCGAGUCCUGUGGUCACAGCCAUUCUGACUGAGGAGGGAGACACCACACCAGCAGAGCUUGAAACCGCUAGAAAAGACCCAGUGUCUGUUCCAGACGGGAGAGGACCAGAAACAACCCCCAAACCGGGGGUAGGAGCGGACCCCGGCAGGCCGUUAUGUAGGAAAGCCAAGGAACUGAGGAAGGCUCGCCGGCUGCAGAAGGAGCAGAAGAGACAGGUGGGGGGUGGAGUCCCGGCCUCUGCGACCUCUAACCCCGCCACUCCCGUCCAGCUCAACCAACCCAAAGCCCUGGAGGAGUUCAUCAACGAAUCUCUGCCCGAUAGUCCUCUGCACCGCCUCGAGGUGAGGCUAGUGCGCUCCAACCCCCCCAGUUCACAGUUCAAAGCCUCUUUCGACGCCUCCUACCAGGUGUACAAACUCUACCAGAUGGCCAUUCACCACGACCCUCCAGACAAGCCCACCGAGAGCCAGGUGAGGCUAGUGCCCGUCAAUGAUGAUGAUCCUCAGUUCAUGGCGACCUAUGAGCAGUCGGCAGCGCUGUACGCACGCUACCAGAUGGCCGUUCACGGCGACACCCCUUCCGAGUGUAACGAGAGUGAGUUCAGGAGAUUUCUCUGUGACUCACCACUUGAGAUGGAGACGCCUCCGGAUGGACCAGCGGCGGGCUACGGUUCCUUCCACCAACAGUACUGGCUGGAUGACCGCAUCGUGGCAGUGGGAGUAGUGGACAUCCUGCCCACCUGCGUGUCCUCUGUCUACCUGUACUACCACCCCGACUUCGCCUCUCUGUCGCUGGGCUCCUACUCUGCACUCAGGGAGGUUGCCUUCACCAGGCAGCUGCAGAAACAGUCCCCCAAGCUGUGCUUCUACUACCUGGGCUUCUACAUCCACUCCUGCAACAAGAUGCGAUACAAGGGGCAGUACCAGCCUUCAGACCUCCUGUGCCCAGAGACAUAUGUCUUUGUGCCCAUAGAAUGCUGCAUCCCCAGCCUGGAGCAGACCCACUACGCACGCUUCAACCAGGACCCCGACGCAGGUGAUACACACGUACUGAAGGACCUGGGUCGUGCUCUGGUGCUGUACAGACGGACGGUCAUGCCCUACGCCGCCUACGCCCGCAAACGCAAGGGCUCCAACGACGAGAUGGAGGUGGCACAGUACGCUGGCCUGGUGGGCCAGCUCUGUGCUGAGAGGAUCCUGCUAUACCGGGCGUAACCCACUGGGGGCGCCACCGCCACCCUGCACCUUGAUCCGCUCUUGUGUCUCUGUCUGUCCCGCUGUCUUUGUAAGUGCUUUCCACUGCUUCACUCUACAAUAGCCUCACCAUGUUUAGCUUUACUACACAUAGGCCGAACCAACACAUUCAUGUAUACCUGCUUUCAGAAAGAAUUCACACCCCUUCACUUUUUUCACAUUCUGUUGUGUUACAGCCUGUAUUUUAAAUGGAUUAAAUUGAGAUUGUGUCACUGGCCUAAACAUAAUACCCCAGAAUGGAAUUAUGUUUUUAGAAAUGUUUACAAAUUAAUUAAAAAUGAAAGCUAAAAUGUCUUGAGUAUUCAACCCCUUUGUUAUAGCAAGCCUAAAUAAGUUUAGAAGUAGAAAUGUGCAUAACAAGUCACAUACUAAUUUGCAUAGACUCUGUGUGCAAUAAUAGUGUUUAAAACUAGAACCGCUGGGCCUGGAGGGACCAAUUUUCAAGCUAAUGAGCAGUCAUUCUGACUGCAACAUUCUAACAGUAUAAUACAUUUCAUAUACAGUACGCUAUCGCAAAAAUAAUAAUUUCGGUUGCCUUUAAGAAGGCUUUGGGUAAAAAAAACACAAUAGCAUUUUGAUUAGUUUGUUAUACUGUAGGACAGUCAAGAUCACUUUCGCAGCCAAAAAGCAAGCGGUGAUCUACUGCUCAGAAUUUUCUUAAAACAUAACUUAAGGCAUGAACCUAAUAAAAACAGUUGUGUAGGAAUGAAGCCUGUGCAGUAGGUCUAGUACAUUAUCACAGCAUAUUGGCUAUAUGCCUGGCCUGCCAAUAUUGUUCUUCUCAGACCAUGUUAUAUUUCAAAACUCAAGCUUUGAUAACAAAAUAAAUCAGCUGAUGUAGCAAGGCACAUCUGAGCAUGAAUUUAAAUAUAAUUUUCAAAUAAUUAGCUUUUUUAUUGUACCAAAAGUAUGUGGACACCUGCACGUCGACCAUCUCAUUCCAAAAUAAUGGGGAUUAAUAUGAAGUUGGUCCCCACUUUGCGGCUAUAAUAGCCUCCACUAUUCAGGGAAGGCCUUCCACUAGAUGUUGGAACAUUGCUCUGAGGACUUUCUUCCAUUCAGCCAUAAGAGAAUUAGUGAGGUCGGGCACUGAUGUUGGGUGGUUAGGACUGGCUCUCAGGUGUUCGAUGGGGUUGAGGUCAGGGCUCUGUGCAGGCCAGUCAAGUUCUUCCACACCGAUCUCGACAAACCAUUUCUGUAUGGACCUUGCUUUGUGCAUGGGGGCAUUGUCAUUCUGAAACAGGAACGGGCCUACCCCAAACUGUUGCCACAAAGUUGCCAGCACAGAAUCGUUGAGAAUGUCAUUGUAUGCUGUAGCGUUAGGAUUUUUCUUCACUGGACCUAGGCGAACCAUGUUCUCCUGGCAUCCACAAAAAUCCAGAUUAAUUUGUCAGACUGCCAGAUGGUGAAGCGUGAUUCAUCACUCCAGAGAACGUGUUUCCACUGCUCCAGAGUCCAAUAGCAGCGAGUUUUACCAUUUCAGCCGACGCUUGUUAUUGCGCAUGGUGAUCUUAUGCUUGUGUGGAAACUGUUCUUGUGCUGACAUUGCUUCCAGAGGCAGUUUGGAACUCAGUAGUGAGUGUUGCAACCGAGGACAGGCGAUUUUUACGUGCUUCAGCACUCGGCGGUCCCGUUCUGUGAGCUUGUGUGGCCUACCAUUUCACGGCUGAGCUUUUUUUGCUCCUAGAUGUUUCCACUUCACAAUAACAGCAUUUCCAGUUGACCAGGGACAGAAAUUUGAUGAACUGACUUGUGACAUCCUAUGACGGUGCCAGGUUGAAAGUCACUGAGCUCUUUAAGGCCAUUUUACUGUCAAUGUUUAUUUAUGGAGAGCUGUGUGCUCGAUUUUAUACACUUGUCAGCAACGGGUGUGGCUGAAAUAGCCAAAUCCACUAAUUUGAAGGGGUGUCCACAUACUUCUGUGUAUAUAUAGUGUGCCUGCAUCUAAUUGUAAUGGUGCUUUCAAGACUCUUGGAACUCUGAAAAAACAAGGCAAAAAUGACGUCAUUUAACUUCAAGUCGGAAAGUCGGCUCUAGAAAGUUGCCAGAGUUUCUGAGGUGUAACACCAGUCGGAUCUCUUUUUUUUUCUCUUUUUAUUAUAUAUAUUUUAUAUAUAUAUAUUCAGUUGAAGUCAGAAGUUUACAUACACCUUAGCCAAAUACAUUUAAACUCAGUUUUUCACAAUUCCUGACAUUUAAUCCUAGUAAAAUUUCCCUGUUUUAGGUCAGUUCGGAUCACCACUUUAUUUUAUGAAUGUGAAAUGUCAGAAUAAUAGUAGUGAUUUUAUUUCAGCUUUUAUUUCCUUCAUCACAUUCCCAGUGGUCAGAAGUUUACAUACGCUCAAUUAGUAUUUGGUAGCAUUGCUUUUAAAUUGUUUAACUUGGGUCAAAUGUUUCAGGUAGUCUUCCACAAGCUUUUGGCCCAUUCCUCCUGACAGAGCUGGUGUAACUGGGUAAGGUUUGUAAGCCUCCUUGCUCGCACACUCUUUUUCAGUUCUGCCCACACAUGUUCUAUAGGAUUGUGGUCAGGGCUUUGUGAUGGCCACUCCAAUACCUUGACUUUGUUGUCCUUACGCCAUUUUGCCACAACUUUGGAAGUAUGCUUGGGGUCAUUAUUCAUUUGGAAGAACCAUUUGCGACCAAGCUUUAACUUCCUGAGUGUUGUCUUGAGAUGUUGCUUCAAUAUAGCCACAUCAUUUUCAUGCCUCAUGAUGCCAUCUAUUUUGUGAAGUCCACCAGUCCCUCCUGCAGCAAAGCACCACGACAACAUGAUGCUGCCACUCCGUGCUUCACUGUUGGGAUGGUGUUCUUCGGCUUGCAAGCAUCCUGCCUUUUUCCUCCAAACGAUGGUAAUUAUGGCCAAACAGUUCUAUUUUUGUUUCAUCAGACUAGAGGACAUUUCCCCAAAAAGUAUGAUGUGCAGUUGCAAACUGUAGUCUGGCUUUUUUAUGGCAGUUUUGGAGCAGUGGCUUCUUCCUUGCUGAGUGGCCUUUCAGGUUAUGUUGAUAUAGGGCUCGUUUUACUGUGGAUAUAUAUACUUUUGUACCCGUUUCCUCCAGCAUCUUCACAAGGUCCUUUGCUGUUCUUGGAUUGAUUUGCACUUUUCGCACCAAAGUACGUUCAUCUCUAGGAGACAGAACGUUGUCUCCUUCCUGACCGGUAAGACGGCUGCGUACUAUUGUUUGUACAGAUGAAAGUGGUACCUUCAAGCGUUUAGAAAUUGCUCCCAAGGAUGAAUCAGACUUGUUGAGUUCUACUAUUUUUUUUUCUGAGGUCUUGGUUGAUUUAUUUUUAUUUUCCCAUGAUGUCAAGUAAAGAGGCACUGAGAUUGAAGGUAGGCCUUGAAAUACAUUCACAGGUACAAUUGACUCAAAUGAUGUCAAUUGGCCUAUGAGAAUCUUCUAAAGCCAUUACAUAAUUUUCUGGAAUUUUCCAAGCUGUUUAAAGGCACAGUGAACUUAGUGUAUGUAAACUUCUGACCCACUGGAAUUGUGAUACAGUGAAUUAUAGGUGAGGGGAGGAACCAGAUAUUGAAUAUCCCUUUAAACAUGGUGAAGUUAUUAAUUACACUUUGGAUGGUGUAUCAAUACACACACAAAUACAGGCCUCCUUCCUAACUUAGUUGCCUGGAAAGGAAAGAAACCACUCAGGGAUUUCACCAUAAGGCGAAUGGUGACUUAAACUACUUGUUUUAAAGACCUGUGAUAGAAGACUGAGGAUGGAUCAGCAACGUAGUUUCUGCACAAUACUAACCUAAAUGAAGGAAGCCUGUACAGAAUAAAAAUAUUCCAAAACAUGCAUUCUGUUUGCAAUAAGGCACUAAAGUAGAACUGCAAAGAAUGUGUCACAGAAAUGUACUUUAUGUCCUGAGUACAAAGUGUCAUGUUUGGAACAAAUCCAACACAAGACAUCAAUAAUUACCACUUCAUAUUUCCAAGCAUGGUGGUGGCUGCAUCAUGUUAUGGGUAUGCUUGUCAUCGGCAAGGACUAGGGAUUUUUUGAGGGGGGAUAAAAAAUAAAUGGAAUAGAGCUAAGCACAGGCACAAUCCUAGAGGAAAACCUGGUUUGGUGUGCUUUUCAACAGACACUGGGAGACGCUCACCUUUCAGCAGGACAAUAUCAAAUCAAAUUGUAUUAGUCACAUGCGCCGAAUAUUAAACAUUAAACACAAGGUCAAACAUACACUGGAGGUGCUUACCAAGACUACAUUGAAUAUUUCUGAGUGGCUUAGUUACAGUUUUGACUUAAAUUGUCUUGAAAAGGGCUGUCUAGCAAUGAUCAACAAACAACUUAACAGAGCUUGAAGAAUUUGAAAAAUAAUAUGCAAAUAUUGUACAAUCCAGUGUGCAAAGCUCUUAGACUUACCCAGAAAUACUCACAACCUUAAUAGCUGCCAAGGGUGAUUCUAAACAUGUAUUGACUCGGUUGUGAAUACUUGUGUAAAUUAGACAUUUCUGUGUUUCAUUUUCACUACAUUUGCAAAAAUGUCUAAAAACAUGUUUAUACUUUGUCGUUAUGGGGUUGAGAGAUGGAUGGAUGAGAGAGAAACAUAUUUAAUCCAUUUUGAAUUCCAGCUGUAAUGCAAUAAAAUGUGAAAUAAAUCUAAAAGUAUGAAUGCUUUCUGAAGGCAUAUUGCACUCACCUGGCGGCCUCGUCUAUGAUAUUAUAUCUGAAUCACGUUUGAUAGAUGUCAGUUUUAUCCAUAAUACGCAAGAUGUAUGUUGUCUAUUUAGUUGUGAACUAUGAAUCCAGUUGAUUAAGACUCAGAAAUCUUGGUUACAGGGAAUAUUAAUGUCAGUGUAAUUUUGAUUUCAUAAUGUUUGACUUUCACCCCACGGAAAGCAGCAGUAGCCAUUACCUUCACCCUAACCCAGCACAAGUCAUGGUUCUCCUCUGUACUGAUAUGGGAUCAGAAUAUUUACUGAUCUAGAAUCAGUGAAGUUGAGGAGAAUCUGAAAGUUGCUGCUUCACUCUGAGGAUUGGGCUUAUACACGCCACACCCACAAACCAUACUGAAAUUAACAUGAUCUGGUUGUAUUUCUGUGACGCAAACAUUUGUGUGUGUGCUGUAUGCUUGUUUGUCUGUCACUGAUAUUUAUAGCUUUAUUUGCUCUUUUAUUAUUGAUACUAUUAUUUUGUUUCAAACAAAUAAAGGGAUGAAAUAUCCAAAUACUUA